AGCAUGCUCAUUGAGUUUUAAUUAGAUUGGUAUCUGCAAGAUUCAUCGACACUUCCUUCGGCAAAAUGCCAGUGUACGACCCAAUUGAUAAUUGCCAUCUUAGUAGUUGGGACUGGGGAAUGGUAGCUCAACAUUACACAGAUCAACAAAAUCUUGUAUCCGAGUCAAGUACCUUAGCCACGAACGAACACUGAUAUUGUCAAUACUUACAGUGGAGUACAAGUCCAAGUCAAACACAUGAAAUCAACACUCCUCAAGAACACUGCUCAUGAAAUCCUCAACUCAUCAUUCGACAACGGACAAGAAAUGCGAACCACCCGCACAUCAAAAGCCACCUUGUUGUUCGGCCGAUUCGAAUCCCAUAGGACAUCGACUCGUGUUCUUGAACUUAGUCUUGAUUUCCAGCUCGCGCUUCAUUCGCUCUUCCUUCUCCUGACGCUCUUGUUCGGUUUUGAUGGACUCUACUCAAGCCGCUUCAAGCGCACGCAGGGCAUCGAGCCGGGCAGAGUCGUCUGUUUGUCGCCCGACCUUCUCAUUCGCGGCGUGGAGCUCACGCUCGAGUUGCUUCCAGCCUGCAUCGCGGAUACUAUCUGGAUUGGUCGAGGCCAGCUUGAGACGCUUCCUGGGCUCGUCUGGUUCGGCUUGAUCAAUAUGUGCUCGUUCCGUCGUCAUUGUCAGAACGGUAGACGUCUGCAUUUUUGGUGCCGCUAGAGUUGCUUCAUACUGAUCCGCAUAGAGAAUCAGCAUAGAGAGAAUCAGUAGGUGGGACACAUGUGACAAGAGGCCCUCUCGUUCGCUCCUUUUUCAUGAAAUCCAGGC